AUGUUAUAUUUCCUAUUUCUUUUAACAGUAUUUGCUGAACAGUGUGUUAAUGGUAAUUGUAAAAAAGAAGAAGAGAAUCUAUAUCCAAUAAAUGGAGUAACAGUAGAGAUUGCUGAUUGUUUAAGAACAUCAUUAGAUUUAACUGAAAGUUUUACAAAUUUGAUAAGUGAAUGUCCACAAUCUCCAAAAAAGAUGUUUCCAUUGAAUAUAACACAGUCUAACAUUAGACAAAUUUUAGCUUCUAAUUCAUAUUUUAUUUUUGAUUCAAAUGAAACAACUAUUGGUAAAAUGGAUAUUAAAGGUGAUAUUGCUAUGGUUAUUAAAAAUGCUAAAAUUAAUGUUAUUGAUGCUAUUGAAGGAGAAACAAAUUUAACAAUUCCAAAAUGUAAAGAAGCUUGUACUCUUCAAGUUGAUCAAAGUUCUUUUAAUUCUUUAAAUGAUUUUUAUAUUGGAAAUAAAGUAACUAUUAAUUCAAAAUCUAUGGAAUUAAAUUGUUCUAAAGAAUAUCAAUCAUCUAUUCAUAUUGGAGCUCAUUCUCAUAUCAAAAGUGAUAAAAUGAAUAUAUCUGGUUUUACUAUUAUUUUUACUGAAGGUCAUAAAAAAGUUAAUAUGUCUGGUCCAUUAAUUGUUGCUGAUGAAUUCAGUACAAACAGACCUCUUUCUAUCCAAGUUAUUGAUCAUCUUCAUCCACAACAAUGUAUUAUUGCUAUUAAAUCACCUUCAUUGAAAAAAUAUCCAAAAACUAUGCAAUUUAAGAUUGAUACUUCAUAUUUAAAUUUUGUUGUUCUCCCAGUAAAAACAGGAAAUAUUACUGAAGUUUUCUCUCCAGAAAAGAAAGUAUUAAUAUUUACUGAAGAAAAUAUUAAUAAAAUGGAAAUUCCUAAAGGAUAUGAAAAGAAAACUUAUGAAGGAAGGUAUGUUGUUCUUCCUUUACAAAGUGGAAUAGAAAUCUUCCCAAUAGAAGAUCUUGAUCAAGACUUCAUUAUUAAUAGAACAAUUCUUCGUUCUGAAGAACCAAAUCAAGAAGUAAGCAGCAUGUAUUUAAUGAGAAUUAACGAUCAAAAUCAAGUAAAAUUAGAUUUUAAAAAUCCUAAGAAAUAUCUUAUUGAAGGUAAAGAACAUGGAAAAAAACAUAAAACUACAGUUUAUCAAGUUAAUUAUUCUCUAAAUGAACUUAAUGUUAAAAAGGAAAUAAAUAUCCUCUUAAGAAUUAUGAAGCUUGGAGAAUGGAUGGUGAGGAAUAUUUUGUUUUUAACAAAUUUACUAUCCUCAAUAUGUUCUCUUUCUUCACUGAUGUCGAUUAUAAGUUAA